ACUAAUGAAGAAGCAGUCAUCUCUCUGGAAAAUUGACGUGCUGAAGAUGUGGGGAAAUGCCACACACCUUCCAGGAGAGACUUCCCCUUUGAUGGAAACCCCAAACUCUCAUCUUAACAAAUCAACACAACUGCAGUGUGUUGCUGAAGCGGAGUUCCAGCACCUGCUGCUUCCAGUCACUUACAGUCUGGUUUGUGUACUGAGCUUGGGUAUGAACAGUGUUGCCGUAUGGAGCUGCUGGGUCAACCGAGCCCAGGCCCCUCCUGUCAUGAUCUUCAUCUACAAUCUCAUUGUUAUCGACCUACUGUUUGCCCUGUCACUGCCCCUGCAAGCUGUGUAUCACGCUAGACACAAUGACUGGCCCUUCGGCGAGGGCCUGUGUAAGGCCACCAAUGCUCUUUUCUUGGCCAACAUGUUCAGCAGCACCCUUUUCUUGGCCUGCAUCUGCCUCGAGCGUUACAUGGCAGUCAUCCACCCUAUCCACUACCUGCGCCUCCGGUGGCCCUUCUACCGUGUGCUACUCUCCAUGGCAAUCUGGUGUGCGGUAGCAAUUGGGCUGCUGAUCUUCUUUUCCAGAAGCACUGUGACACAUCACUUCUCAAAUGGGAAUACUGCCUGCAUGGAGAAUUUCCCCACUCGUGUAUGGAGCAAUGAACUUGCAGCCAUGGUCUUUGCCUCUUCAGCCUUGGGUUUCUUUGUGCCCUUUGUCACCAUUGUCAUCUGUUCAGUUGUGAUUGCCCGACGCAUCAUAAAUCUCACACAUAAGUCAGUUCAGGCUUCCUCGCUACGGAGGCACGCUCUCCACACUCUCCUGAUGGUGACCGGCCUGCUUACCUUUUGCUUCCUGCCAUUUCACAUCAUCCACAUCCUGCAUACGCUGGGCCGGAUUGGGGUCCUCUCAAACCCAGGACUGCUGCCUUUCACAUGUUCGGCCCAGCGAGCAGUCAUGGCCUUUGCGAGCAUCAACAGUGCUCUUAACCCACUGCUUUACUAUUUCAAUAUGAAAUCUGCCAAUUGGAAACUGCCCUGCUGUGGCACAAUAAGCCAGAACCUCACAGAUUCAGGUGAGACUACUAGCCCGACCAUGGAAGUCCUCAGAAACAUGACCUAGAUACUAUUGUAUAAGGCCGUCUUUGCAGCAACACCUGACUUGUUCAGGAAUGUCAUCAUCAUCUUUGUCUUCUUCCCUACCCCCCUAUUACCAUGAAACUGUAUUAUCCAUGACUUUUGAACAGGAUCUCUACAAUAGCUCCCUGACAUGACAAAAGAAAAAUAAUAUAAUAAUCUUAAUAUCUGGGCAAUUUUGAAACACCCAAAAUCUACUGGUUUUAGAGCAGUAGUUUUCAACCUGCGGGUCCCCAGGUAUUUUGGCUUACAACUCCCAAAAAUCCCAGCCAGUUCACCAGCUGUUAGGAUUUCUGGGAGUUGAAGGCCGGUUGAGAAUCACUGUUUUUGAGGAUCAGAUCAGUGGCUGACCUUAUGGUAAUAUAUAGGUACUCCAGUAAACGCUUCAACUGAACCUAUUGCAUAGGUUAUAAUGUAUUACUUAGGAGCCCCCAGUGGCGCAAUGGGAUAAACCCUUGUGCCGACAGGACUGAAGACUGACAGGUCAGAGGUUCGAUUCUGGGGAGAGUGCAGAUGAGCUUCCUCUGUCAGCUCCAACUCCCCAUGCAGGAACAUGAGAGAAGCCUCCCACAAGGAUGGUAAAACAUCAAAACAUCCCGGCGUCCCCUGGGCAACGUCCUUGCAGACAGUAAAUUCUCUCAUACCAGAGGUGACUUGCAGUUUCUCAAGUUGCUCCUGACACAAUAUAUAUAUAUAUAUAUUAGUUGUCUAUGUGUGCAUGGGAUCAUCCAGUAUACAGGCAGGAAUGUGACCAUAAACUCACAGUGGAGGCUGUAGAGAUUCCUAGGGAGAACAUUUUAAACCAAAUCUGCAAAAGUCAACACCUUGAAUGAGGGGAGGCAACUGUUAACUUUAACCUGGAACAGAACAAACAACUCCGCACCUGUAUGUUUGUCCACAAUGCCCUCCCUCAUGUACAGAGGAAGAAUUGUUUAAAGCUACAGACAAUGCGGUUGCUGUUGCCCGGUUUUGGUCAAAAAAUAUUUAGCCACUUGUGCUCCUUCUAUUUUAUCAGUUUUAUACUUAUGUAUGUAAUGCUUUUGAUACGAAAUUUAAAAAAAACUUGGUUGGUCCAUGGAGAAUUACUGUUACUAGUUAUACUCAGAGGCAAAAUGUCUAUGAUUAGUGGAAAAACUUGGAAGCAGUGGAAACAGGGGCAGUUCUAGAAAGGAGUGCAGUCAGUUAAGGAGUUCAGGCAGUAGAGAGAGAGCGCGCUAUGAUUUGAAAAGCAACCAAGGAAAUAUGGUUGUUGGAGAGUCAAAGACUGAAGAGAAAUUCAGGGUGGGAAUCUAGACUCAAGUCAUGAAAUUGAGGAGAUGAAGUGGGUAUUGGACAUCAUCAUGCUUCAUUAUUGUUCCAUUUUUUUAAAAAAAAAAUGUGGUCAGGCUGAUGCAAGACAUUUUGCUUCUGGAGUACAUGGUCUUUCACUACCCACAUAAGUCAUGUUACAGAGCAACAAAAUGAGCAAAGCCAUUUGCUCAGAUGAAACAGAAAAGCAGGAAAGGUUGCAAACAGCCUGUAGGAACUAGAUCUGAAAAGGAAACAUGGAAGGUACAAUUAUACCAGUCAACCAUGCUCUGGUCAACAGAAAAGUGGCUCUCCUUGCAGCUGAUGCCCAGUAAAACAGGUUGAGGGGAGAGUUACAAUAAUGGCAAUAAUUGUAAUAUUGCCAUGAUUUGCUUUGAACUAAAUGAUCUGAGUGCACACUGCCAUAUAAUCCAGUUCAAUGUGGAUUUUAUACAGCUGUGUGGAAGAGGCCUUAGUCAUGAUUGUGAUACUAUGAAGAGUAGAGUUGCAGUCAUCCUGUGUGAGUGUCUUAUUUGCCUCUAUUUAUACAGGCAUAGCUCAAUUUUUUAAAACUUUUUUUAUGGAGUCCUUUUGCAUACUCAGACCUCCCUUUCUGCCUUGUUCUUUGUUUCACUGGAAGCUCUUUAGCAGCAUUGGGGGCAGAGACAGAGACUUUUGAUAUUGGGUUACAAUAGUGCCUGCAGUAAAGCUUGAAUAAGCCACUACUGAAACUGAUUCUACUCUAAGUAGCCUGCUGCUGUCCAAUAGGCAUGGUAAAGAGCCCCUGCCUCCAGAACCCCUUUAGGCACAUGUGAACAGCAAAACAGAGGGAGAAAGGGAGCUUAAAUAAGUCUGCAUCACCAGAUGUACCCAGCAUAUUAAAAAUCAUAGAUUCUUAAACAUUUGGCCACCAAAACGGAAAUCUUAGAAAAGUGGAGGUUGAGGAAAGAAAGAAAAAAUAACAACUACUGGUAGAUGGGUUUUGGGAGAAACUUUUGUGUGCUCUUUAGAAGAUUCAGACUGUUUUUAUCUACUUCUGCAAGGCUUACCCUAAACUGAUACUUUGAUUUCACAUGGGCUUAUUGUUAGAUUUGGACAAAAGAUUUGCUGAAACAAGUUCAGUUUCUCUUAACUUUUGUGCUGCAGGGACCUAUCCCUAUUCUUCGAAUGUUACUUCUGCCUCUGGCACCAAAUGUUCUGUUAAAGAG